AAUUGGCAACCCCAGCAAUAGAAUAAAAACAAAAAUUCGAAAGAAUCGAAAGAGAAAAUAAUAAUUUACUCUCUGCGCUUAAAAUUGUACACAAUUUGUUGUUAAUAAACAAGAAAAAAGUAAAACAAACUUAGGGUUAAGUUGGAUAAUUUGAGAUUAUUUAGUGCAAAAAAUAAUGUCAGAUAAUUUAAGUGAAGAAAGUUGUGACGGCAUAGUAAUUAAAGCGCCAGCAGAGCACCAUCGUAUAAGAAUCAAUAGAUGGCGGGUGAGAGAGGGCUUUCCGGUAAGUGCUAGCCAAGUGAUUUUACUGUACGAGGUUCUACCGGCCGAGGGAGAUGUUGAACAUGCUUCUCAUAAAAUUAUACAUAAAUUCAAGACACAACGUGUAGGAGUGGUAAAGAAGCGUCUCUUCAAUGACGGUGCUAUUAUUAAAGGGGGUACACCAAUUUUAGAGCUCUCCGAAUGCGUUCAUACCACUGUUAUAAAAGACAUGUGUGCCGAUUGUGGUGCUGAUUUGCGCCAAAAUGAAAAUGGAAAUCCAUCGGAAGCUUCGGUGCCAAUGGUGCACUCAAUACCUGAUCUGAAAGUCACUCAGAAAUUGGCACAAAAGCUGGGGCACGACGAUACACGGCGCCUAUUACAAGAUCGUAAAUUGGUCUUACUCGUAGAUCUGGAUCAAACAAUUAUACACACAACCAACGACAAUGUGCCUAACAAUAUUAAAUCCAUCUAUCAUUUUCAAUUGUACGGUCCACAAUCACCAUGGUAUCAUACCCGCCUAAGACCAGGAACUUUAGAUUUUUUAAAUAGUGUUUCCAAACACUAUGAAUUACAUAUUUGUACUUUCGGUGCCCGCAAUUACGCCCAUAUGAUCGCUAAAAUAUUAGAUCCGAAUGGUAAAUAUUUCUCUCAUCGAAUACUCUCGCGAGAUGAAUGCUUUAAUCCUACGAGUAAAACGGAUAAUCUUAAGGCUUUAUUUCCUAAUGGUGAUUCGAUGGUUUGCAUAAUUGAUGAUCGUGAGGAUGUCUGGAAUAUGGCCUCAAAUCUAAUACAAGUGAAGCCUUAUCAUUUUUUUCAACAUACAGGCGAUAUAAAUGCUCCGCCGGAAUUAUCAAAGCACGAAUUGGACGGUGAAGGGCUUGACUUCAAAGAUUUGGACACAUUACAAGCUGCAAAUAAAGAAAAAUGCGAACAGACCCUAAAAAACGAGAAAACAGAUGAAAAUAUCGAAGAAUCAGCUGAUCCGACGCCGUGUUCGGAAUCAAUAAGCGAAGUUGUCGAAAGUACAAACGAUGAAGAAAAAAGUUUAGAAACUAAGAAUAAUGUGGAAGAAGCAGAAGGAAAAGACCUUGAAGAGAAUGCAAUUCACACGGAGGAAAAGGAUUUGAUUGUAGAUCAGAAAAAGGAAGAAACUGACAAAGUAAAUGAAAAAAGUGCAGAAACAGAAGAGAUCACAGCUAAAAUUAAAUUACCCGCAGAUCCGGCGAAGGAAAUUGAAAUUGAAGAUCCCGAUGAUUAUCUUCUCUAUUUGGAAAUCAUUUUAAGAGCAAUACAUGUCCGUUUUUAUAGUAUCUAUAAUGAGACGAAAGAAAUACCGGAUCUUAAGAUCAUAGUGCCGAAAAUACGUUCUGAAGUGUUAAGGGGUUGCAAUUUGGUCUUCUCCGGUUUAGUGCCGACGAAUAUGAAAUUGCAACAAUCUAGAGCUUAUUUUAUUGCGAAAAGUCUGGGUGCAAAUGUCUCCCAAAAUAUAGGCGAAGAUACAACACAUCUGGUGGCUGUGACUUCGGGGACUUUUAAAGUAAAUGCAGCGAAAAAGAAUUCGCAAAUUAAAAUAGUAAACGCGAAUUGGUUGUGGUGUUGUGCAGAACGUUGGGAACACGUGGACGAGCCCUUAUUUCCCUUGGAUCGCAAGAUGCGGAGCAAACAACGCCAGCCGCCAGCUCAUUGUCACAGUCCGGAGCAUGUGGUCAAUUACAGCGAGAAAUCCGAAAUUUCUAGUUCCAGCGCUCAGCAGCAGAAUGCUUCUGAACCGGAGAAAUUCAUAGACACGAUAAAUCCUUUGUUAUCAUUUUCGAAUGCCGAUCUUGCCGAUAUGAAUAAAGAAUUUGAUCAGUUUUUUGAUUCUGACUCGUCAUCCGAAGACGAACAUGUCGACAUUGAAAAUCCUCCAGUGGAUAAAAGUUUGCGAAAACGAAAGCGUGAAGAAAACGAGGAGGAGCGAACGCGCAAGUUUUUCACUCGUUCAUCAGACUUGGUAUUGGGGAACGCUUUCGAAAAUGAAAAUGAAGCUGAGGAUGAGAAUGAGAAUAAAAGCUCAACCGAUGAUAAUAGAGAUGACGAAGAUGAUGAAAUGCCUAGUGAGAAAUUUAGGAGAGGGGAAGAUUUGCCGUCCGAUUUAGAAAUUGGUUCAGAUUCAAACGAUAACAGUGACGAUAACAAUCCGGACGAGGAGGACGACGGUGAAUGGAAUAUGAUGGGAGCAGCAUUGGAGCGAGAAUUUCUUGGUCUUGAAGAUUAAUUGGAAAAACUCGUAACGCCGCACACACAUCUUUUAAUUAUAUUAAUCAGCCGUAGUUUUUUUUUUUUUUUUUCUUUGUUGCAAGCUUAUAUAUAAAGUGUAUAUAUAUAUAGUUUUGAAGGUCGUAUCGCUUUUAGGCAAAUAAUGUGAAAAUUUUUGAAGCGCUUAUUUUUUUAUACUUUAAAAUUUUAACAAAAACCCCAAGAGC